AAGAUCACUGGAACUCGUCUCUGUCAUAAAUGGAGUACAGAUGAGUUGAUUUUUCUGUUCACUUUUGACCAUGCGGAGAAUGCGGAAACCUAUUUGAAUAUUGUCCGAUUCAAUAUGCAUUUCGGGUCCGCUUUGGAUAUUCUACUCAUUCCCCUCUUCAAUGUGCUUCGUUCCGCUCACACUGCUCCCAAUUUGGAGCUCACAAUGUUUGACGUGAAAUAUCCUUGUCCAUUUCGUGAUUACAUUAAACAACUACCCGAAGUGGUAUCUCGUCAUAUGGGUACGAUGGUUGGAGCCACCAGUAGUCUGAAAGUGAUAUACGGUAGUCGAGUUCCAAAUUAUGUGAUGAUCAAUCAAUGGCUAAAUGAAGAAAACUUUCAGGGCUAUCUUCACAAAACAAUCGAAUUGGCAAAAUUUAUUACCCAAGUUGGAACUGGUGCUGAUAAAAACGUGAUAGAGGAAGCCACAAAAAAAAUUGAAUAA